CAGAUUUGGUGUGGGUAGACUGGAGCCCAGCCAGACUAGCUCCUACACAUGACAUCACAACAUGGCCGAACCAAUGCAAGAUACAACAGAUGACAACAAUGUCCGCUCUGUUGUCGCCUCCCCACUUGAAAGAGGAUGCGUCUGCCCAGCUGGCAGUACUUCUUAUCGUUUACCGCCAGGCACUGACCCCUCUAUACGGGUUGGCAACCCUCACUAUGGGCGACGCAUGCAGCUCUACUGCCGCACCGGAUUCAAUUUGGUCAUCCGUGAGGUGGAAGGUGUAGACGAGGAUAUGAAUCAGUUUGCUGUUUUGGAGUUUACGUCUGCUGGUUUUGGAGGACUCGUACGCAUUCGAGGGGUCAAUUCCAGCUUGUAUCUGGCAAUGAACAAAAAAGGAAGAUUGUUUGGAGAGGUAAGUCCAAAUCCAAGAGAAGAUGAAACAGUGUUCAUAGAAGGAGUGCUCGGCCAAUACAACACAUACAUGUCGCACAAGUAUCAGAAAGCCAAGUGGUACGUUGGAAUAAAGAAAACCGGCAAACAGAAACCUGGUUAUAAAACCAAGUGGGGACAAAAGGCAAUACAGUUUUUGCCCAGGAGAAUGCCGUAGUAGGAGAACAAAAAACCGAAAUACCAGGCGAAUACUCAUCUUUAAUGAUUAAUCAGUAUUAUUAGUCCGUUAUUAUGUGUAAUUUUCAUUUAAAAUAGGUUUUGUCAUUUAACGCUGGAAUAAAGUGGACUAUACAGUCUAGAUUUUUCAAAUAGGGUUCUGUCUUUGAGCAUGAAUAGUAACUCUAUUGUAACAAUUUUAACUGACACAAAGUUGAACCAAAGUGAGAAUCGGUAACCUGUUCAAUGAUCGCUUUUCAUCUGUUUGUAGGUUUGAUACUACUAACAACAUAAAAUAUUAUGCAUGGAUGCUAAACUGUGCUUGAAUUUUCAAAUCAUUGUUCGGUUUGAUUGUUUAAAUAAUAACUCAAUAUAGAUUGAAAAAUUGGAUGGUAAUUUGUUUAAGAUUAAAAUUACUAAAAAUAAUGGUGAAAAAGUCACUAUCUAUGUAUAUUUGUUCCUAUUUUAUCAAGAAUUAUAUAACUUGGGUACACAAUGCUUUAAUGCAUGUAAGCAUACCUGUAUAAGCCAAGAGGUACAGAAUGGUGAAUGUGAAAGAAUAGAGCAAUGAUCAACAGGUGGGACAGUUCUUUCAUUUGACAUUACAUUUUACCAAGAGUUCUGUUUUUGCCUUAGAUAAAAUUGUGAUGUAGGCUAUCUCUAAUCAAAGUAAAUCAGGUGUGGUAGAAAACUCAGAACUUGUCUUCCUACCGUUCUGUGAUACAGCAGUUAAAAAUACCAAAAAUAAAAAUGCAUGCCAUUGUCCCACGUAUAGCAAAAGAUUAUAUUUACAUGUGAACAGAACAAUGUAUCCAGUUUAUUUUCUUAUUAUCCAUUUAUAUGUUUAUGACAACACACUUAUCUCACAUAUGUAGGCUAUAUAUUUAUAUUACUCAUGAUUCUUCUAUGGUAGCACUGUGAUUUUUUCUACCCACAAUAAAAUAUGUCUGAUGUAAGCCAGCCUUAAAUUACUGACACAACAUAUUUUUAUAAGUUUUUAACAACAUAGUUGUAUGGUGUAAGAUAGUUCAUAGUUGUAUGUAGUUGUUUCUGUAAACAAUAAAGUGUUAACUGUU